AACGCUUUACCUAAAAUCCCGGAUACUUUUGGCAUGUCACACAGUCUAUUCUCUAGAUUUCAAUGCGACCAAUCACAUAUUUUCUUAUAACGACACCGCGGGGCUAGCCAAUGAUUGCCAUGGAUAUCGGAUCUGUGGCACUGACUCUCCGCUCCCAGUGACCAUGGUUCUAUCAUCUCAUAAUAUUGGACUCCGAGCUUCCUAUAAAUGACUGAUGUCACUAGUGGAUUCUCAUUGUUGCCAUGCUAUCGGAGAAAGAUCAGACCACGGAGACGAUUUCCCUUUCGACACUAGACAGUGACGAAGGACUUCUUGCUCGUCUUGGUUAUAAACAAGAGCUCAAGAGACACUUCAGACCGCUAGAGAUUUUCGGAUUUGCUUUCAGUCUUAUUGGGAUCGUACCUUCUUUCUCAUCUGUGCUAAUCUUCUCCAUCCCCAAUGGAGGCGCUUUUGCGAUGGUCUGGGGUUGGACUGUCUGUUCGAUAUUCAUUGCUGCAAUCGCCCUCGCUGUUGGAGACAUAGCGUCUGCUGCACCAACGUCCGGCGGACUUUAUUACUGGACGUUCAUGUUCUCGCCAGAGAAAUGGCGUGGCUUUUUAUGUUGGAUCGUAGGAUAUUCCAACACUAUCAGUAAUGUGGCUGGCGUUACGAGUGUCAACUGGGGUUGUGCCGUGCAAAUUAUGGCGGCAGUGAGUAUUGGGUCUGAUCUCGCUUUUGAGGCGACUAUACCUCAAACUUUUGGUUUAUAUUGUGCUCUCGUCCUUUGUCAUUGCCUGAUAUGUACCUUCAACUCAAGUAUCAUGGCUAGAUUGCAAACUGCCUUGGUAAUAAUCAACGUUCUGUUGUUCUGCGUAGUUAUCAUAGGUCUUCCAGUAGCAACACCUGAGGAAUUCAGAAACGACGCAAAAUUUGCUUUCGAGGACUUCACCAACGUAUCCGGAUGGCCCAACGGCUUUGCGUUUGUCCUUAGCUUUUUAACCCCUUUAUGGGGCGUUGGAGCGUUUGAUGCUCCCGUCCACAUGAGUGAGGAAGCAGCUAAUGCCAGCAUAGCCGUUCCAAUGGCUAUAAUUUGCUCCAUCUUCUCUGCCACCAUUUUUGGCUGGGCAAUGAAUAUCGUGCUAGUCUUCUGUAUGGGUCAAGAUUACCAGAGUAUCAUUGAUAGUCCCAUCGGUCAGCCCAUGGCCACAAUAUUGUUCAAUUCCUUCGGGAAGACCGGCACCCUCGUCGUGUGGUCAUUUGUUAUCUUCACACAGUUUGCCAUUGGGACAAAUCAAAUGAUGACAACCUCGAGGCAGAUAUUUGCCUUCUCUCGAGACGGGGGUCUUCCUCUGUCCCGAUGGGUAUACUACGUCGAUCCCCAAACUCGGAUACCAACUCAUGCCAUCUGGUUUGGAACAUGUUGGUCCCUCCUACUCGGAUGCCUUGCGUUCACUGGUAAUAAUACCAUCGAGGCGGUCUUCUUACUCUCCGUGACUGCACAAUAUGUGUCAUUUUGUAUCCCGUUGUCAGCGAGGUUUCUUGGAGGCAAGAGAAUCAAGCCAGGUCCUUUUCGGCUAGGUCCUUUGAGUCUCCCAAUUACUGCGGUUGCUGUCGUUUGGAUGACCUUCAUGACUGUCGUGUUCAUGUUUCCUGCUUCCCCCUCUCCUGGGGUAGGUAGCAUGAACUAUGCAGUCGUAGUACAAGGCGGUGUCCUGAUCCUUGCGAUCGUCUAUUUUUACUUUCCAAAAUAUGGCGGGAGAAAUUGGUUCACAGGGCCGAUAUCAACGGUCGAAAUGCCCGCAUUACAAGUUGAGAAUGAUGUAGUCGAAAAAGAUUGGAUACGUUGCCAAUGACUUAUCCCAAAUGAUACGUGUGUUCAAUGUUUUCAUAUGAUAUGAGAAUCCGUCCGCGGUGUAUGUCUUGACUACUUAAGGCUGAACGGUAGUUAUAACGGCAGCCACACCUGUUACUGCUGUCGGAGAGAUAGCAUAAGCCCCUUCGCCCGGCGAAAAAUUUCGAUUUUAGGAAGUUAACAGGAUGCACUUUUAAUGGUG